ACCAUUUCACUUACUUGUUUGGUCCCUCCUAAUUCCUCUCUUUCAAGCAAACUCAAACAAAACUAAGCUAAGGUACUACAACAAUUCAACCAUCUAUCUUUGCUUGAUCCAUUUCAAUUGAUUUUCCACUCUUUAUUCCCCUCCCAUGAGUGUUUACUUGGCCGGAAAGAUCCGAUCCCGGGCCACCCAUAAGUUGUUUUGAAUUCCCGCUACUUCCGAGCUAAUUCCAAUGUCAAGCCCGCCAUCGAAAGCUGAUUCCUACUCGUCGCCGCACCUCACAAUCCUUCUGAUCAUCAUACUGAUCGUGUUCUUCUUGCUAACUGCCUUCUUUGUCUGCCUUUGCAAGUGCUUCAUGGAGAGCCUAUUCACUAAUUGGCGUCUCCAGAGCAGCCCAACCGUGAAUGUAGUGGUCGUGAACCCUAGCCCGGGGCUCGACCCGUCCGUGGUACAGUCCUUCCCUACGUUCGUGUAUGCAAACGUGAAGGACCUGAGGCAGGAGAAAUACGGCCUGGAAUGCGCCAUAUGCUUGCUGGAAUUCGAGGACGAGAGCGUCCUUCGGCUUUUGACCUUCUGCUACCACGUCUUCCACCAGGAGUGCAUUGAUCUCUGGCUCGAGUCUCACAAGACCUGCCCGGUUUGCCGCCAGGACCUCACCCUGCCUCCAGAGAAAAUGCUUGAGAGGUCUCCGGUUAUUGCCCGGGACCGAGACAAUGUCAGUGCCAUGCCCAGCAUCAGGGAAAGCAGCAACGAGUCAUUAGAAGACGCUGUGAGUAUCGAUAUCAGAGAUGGCGAAGAAGAAAGAGGAGAUGAAGGCAGAACGCAAAGUGCCGAGCGGGCAAUAAACAUUAGAGGACUAGAAGAGGUCGAGAGGUUCCCUAGGUCUCAUUCGACGGGGCACUCCAUAGCGAGAAAUAAUGGCGCAAGCGUAGACAAGUACACUUUGAGAUUUCCCGAUCACGUGAAGGUGAAAAUCACCCGGGGGCACACUGGAAGUUGUAUAACUUUCGGUGAGAUUACAGCUUGUAACGAGAGAACCAGGACUGGAGGAUUCGGCGAAGUUUCAGGAUCUUCCAAAUAGGCAUAAUCAAUAGAGUACAUCAGCAGACUCUCAUCGCGGCUUUCCGAGGCCUCCCUCCGGGGUGUAUUUUCCUAUCCGAAUAGGGCUCACAACGAUUUUCAUAUAUAGACAUCUUUAUCUAGAGAAGGACAUAGAGGAUGUUGUCAAUCAGAUGGUUUUGCACUCGAGUUUUUCUGUUACGAAUUGGCCAUCUUAUUCGAAGAUGGCUCAACGAUUAUCGAUUAACCAAAAACAGUUUCAUCAGAAAGCUGGAACCAUAGGAAACGCAUUUCCCUUCUGUCUAUGUAUAGGCUGAGCUACAAUCUGAUGAUCAGAUCAACUAAUCCGGUCAUUUAUAUCAAGUCAUUGAUCAUAAAUUUCUCUCAUACAGCUGA